AGAUUCAUUUUUAAAACAGGCCAACCUAAUACCCUCAAUCAAUUGAUUGGUUAAAUAAAUAUGACGUGGACUGAACAUAUACUAAGUACUGUGCAGAAUCAAGUUGUCUACUCAAGCAACAUAAUAAGACAAUGUUAGGUUGUUGAUUUCUAUUAAUUCAUCAUGGCUGACUUUGAUGCCAUUGAUCCUGCAAUGGAUGAUGAGGAUGCUUCAUCCUUUGAGUCCUAUAUUCCAGUGGCUGAGCCAGUCAUUAUCCGUGGUACUGGUAACAUUACAGUAUUCGGGCUGAGCAGCCAAUUCUGCCGGGACUUUCCCAGCGAGCUGACGGGACGGCUGGCGCCGGAGGAGUUCAGAGCGUCUGUUGGGCGACUCAACGGCGUCCUGAGGAAGACUCUGCCGGCCUCGGCGCGCUGGCUGCUCUGCGGGUGCUGCUUCUGCCUCUGCACUUGUGGCUGCUCCCUCUGGCCUGUCAUAUGCCUCAGCAAGAGGACACGCCACACGCUGCAGAAGGCGCUGGAAGCGGAGAACCUGCGCCUGUACCACGCGCUAGGCCUCCACUGGCGCCUUGCACGCCGCCGCUGUGACAACGCGGCCCUCAUGGAAUACGUUUUGGUCAUCGAGAUGAUCCCCAAAAAAGACAUCUUUCGGCCUGACUGACUCCUCAGCGCUGCAACUGUACAGCUUCAGCGUUCGGUCUCCUGCCUGAUACUCAUUUUAUGUCAUUUCACGUUAAACAUCAUGUCAUUCGUUGUACAUUUAUAUGUGGUAAGAGACUCUGUACUAUUAACUGGAUACGUUAAGAUAACACUGUGUUUGUCGUCGACUGAUGUGUUGUGAUUAGCAACCUGCGUCUACACAACAAUUAAUUACACUUAAAUACAAUAUGACUGAGCCACGAAACGCGUGGGCUUGUGUUGUGAUGGGUAGACCCACCCUAAGUAGAAAUAGCAUUGUAGUGAUCGUAAGCGAGUAAAUAACCUGAAUACCUUA